AUCGCAAAAAUCUGCUGCGUGAUCGUGCGUUGCCCUCUCCCGUAAGGACCUUAGCAACGCGUGGUUCAGCGGUCACGUCAGGCGGACGCCAUUCCGGUUUGAUCGAUAAUAUUUUACCGUAAAACGGCUCGGUUGAAUGUUAGGGAAGCCUCUGCGACGAUUGCUGGCCGCUUUGUUCGUUCACAGUAGCACCGGCAGACCGGCACCUGGACUCUCCGUUGCUAAGGACUACCGCCGAUUCCUCACUACCUCAACGUCCUGCAACGACGGCAGACGGAUGGCGCUGGAGGCUGCGAAACGGAGUGCCGCUUACAAGGCCGUCGAUGAGUACGUUAAGGAUGAUUUCGUCGUUGGUAUCGGAUCGGGGUCGACCGUAGUUUACGCGGUGUUACGCAUCGCCGAGCGAGUGAAGGCCGAGGGACUGCAGUUGGUAUGCAUUCCGACGAGCUUCCAGGCCCGGCAGCUUAUCAUCGAGAAUGGGCUGGUACUGGGCGACCUGGAAAGCAACCCGCAGCUCGAUUGUGCCAUCGACGGUGCCGAUGAGGUGGACGCACAGAUGGUCCUGAUCAAGGGUGGCGGAGGUUGUCUGCUGCAGGAAAAGAUCGUAGCUUCCUGUGCGGAUCGGUUCGUGGUCAUUGCGGACUAUACAAAGGAUUCCACCCGUUUGGGCCAGCAGUACCACAAGGGCAUCCCGAUCGAGGUGGUCCCGAUGGCCUACGUACCGAUACGGGACCGCAUAGGCGCCAGUUUCGGUGGUAGUCUCAAACUGCGGAUGGCCAUCGCUAAGGCGGGUCCGGUCGUGACGGAUAAUGGCAACUUUAUUCUGGAUUGGCACUUUGAGGACGACAAGGAUCACGAUUGGGAUGCGGUCAACCGUGAGAUAAUGAUGAUUCCGGGCGUCGUCGAGACGGGCCUGUUUGUUGGAAUGGCCAACAAGGCCUACUUUGGGCAGGCUGAUGGUUCGGUGACGGAGCGCGGCUCGUAAUCCUGGACGGCCGGCCUUACAUUUGCUAUUUUUUCCACUUUUUUUUUAUUCAUUUCUACCAGUGUCCUCCAAUUCUUUUCGUAACCGGGAGGUUAUACAAUCGUAAUAAAUAGCAUUAAAACGGGA